GCCACAAUCAUGAGCAUAUCACCGGGCAAUCAUCAUCGCCGGCGCAGCUCUGUUCUCACGGGCGCUGGUCCGUCACAACCACCUUUCGUCGAGCAAAGGGAGGAAAAUCAUAAACGUGAAGAACAGAAGCCGUUAGCUGCCGAUGAUGCAGAUAUUUCAGACCUAUCCUCGAUCGCGGAGAGUGAGGAGGGACGUUAUUUGAGUUCCGACGACGACUAUCCUGACGAUGAGGAAACCGGACUCACAGCGAGCCAGAGACGCCAGCGGCGUCGACGACGGAAACAACGGAGGCAGUUGGAUGCUCGCAUUGCAGGCACAAAGUCUCGCGGAGAUCCGUUCAAUCUCAGUUCAGCAGAUCGGACUGUUAUCAGCAGGCUGCUGGUUAAUGUUGGAUUGAUUCUGUUAUGGUACUUUUUCUCGCUCGCCAUAUCUAUUUACAAUAAAUGGAUGUUUUCUCGAGACGAGAACGACAAGGAGGUCUUCCCAUUCCCCCUCUUCACGACCAGCCUGCAUAUGCUCGUCCAGUUCACCCUCUCUUCCCUUAUCCUCUUCUUCAUCCCCUCGCUCCGGCCUCAGCCUACACCUUCGCCAUCUCCCGACGUGGAGGCCAAACCGGUGCUCACCCAGUUCUUCUACCUAACACGCUUGGUCCCGUGCGGCGCAGCGACUUCUUUAGAUAUCGGUCUAGGCAACAUGUCUCUAAAGUUCAUAACCUUGACUUUUUUGACAAUGUGUAAAUCCUCCGCACUUGCCUUCGUUCUCAUAUUCGCUUUCGUCUUCCGCUUAGAGACGCCCUCGGUCAAAUUGAUAGCUAUUAUCGCUACAAUGACCGUCGGAGUCGUCAUGAUGGUGGCCGGCGAAACGGCCUUCAAUGCCGUCGGUUUCGUCCUGAUCAUAGCGUCCGCUUUUUUCUCCGGAUUCCGAUGGGGAUUGACGCAGAUACUUCUUCUGCGACACCCUGCGACAGCGAAUCCAUUCUCCACCCUUUUCUUCCUCACCCCAGUCAUGUUCUUUUCUCUACUUCUUAUCGCUUUGGCCGUCGAAGGCCCAACGGAGAUUAUCACUGGCCUCACCGCUCUCGCAGAUGCUCAUGGCUUUGGAUCGGGCAUUCUGCUCCUGAUCUUCCCAGGUGUUUUAGCAUUCUGCAUGAUUUCGUCCGAAUUCGCUUUGCUCAAGCGAUCCUCGGUUGUUACCUUGAGUAUUUGCGGCAUAUUCAAGGAGGUAGUCACAAUUACUGCGGCGGGCGUGAUUUUCCACGACAAACUCACGGCCGUCAAUGUGACCGGUCUUAUUGUCACCAUUGGCAGUAUUGCCUCUUACAACUACAUGAAGGUAUCGAAAAUGCGAGCGGAAGCCCAACACAACAAUUGGGACUCCAAUCCGAACUCGGAUUCGGAAUGCGACUCUGCUCCAAGACGACAAGGUGAUUAUCAGCAAGUUGCUAACCCUGAAACGUCCGAAAUUCCUGAGAGUCUCGACGUUCAUCCUCAUGGAUUAAACGCUGGGCGCUCGUUCCCUGCGUUGACCGCUGGACCCAGCCACAAUAUUAACGCGCUCACGAUCAGCACUACAAACUUGAGCGAUCACGGCCGCGGGUCGACCCAUUCGCCUCUAGUCCCUGGUCCAUCACCUUUAAGGUCAGCGCCACCAAUCAUAGUCUCCAUGGAGGAUGAACUCCAGAAAGCCGGACACAACUUGAGCUCGAAUGAUACUACCCAGUCUUCCUCAGGACGAGGAUCUCCCGCGCAGAGUCAUUGAGAAAUCCCGAGUUCCGCAGGCUGUUGACAUUGGCGCACAUAAUGCAUCUUUGCUGCGACCGUGUCACCGCACUUUGUCUAUUCUAGUAUUUACGCCCAAGUCGCAUCUGCUACAUCAGCGUUAAAAUCGCAAAUACCCGGAGGAUAUUCUGGUUAAUGGCAUCACCGAAUCGGAACUCCCGCAGGUCGCAAUAACGGCCGGUAUAGAUAU